AUGUCGGUGACGAAAACCUCCACGCAGAGGUCCAUCGCGCCGGUGGGAGUGUCGUCGUUGAUGGAGAGCGGGAAGUCGGAAAAGCUAAGUACCUCGCGGGGGUACUCGUCGUCCGUAGGCGCGUCGAAGAUGCGCAGCGUGGCGGAGGAGGCGGCGAGCGCAUCAAUGACGUCGUCCGCCGGCGUGACGGGCUCGGAGAGGAUCCCCGUCCGAAGCAUUCUCCCGGCCAGGACCUCGAGCUGCCCCACGGUGGGCGUCAACUAUCAUGGUGGGCGUGCGGUAGAUGCCAAGGGAUGGCUAAAGAUAGGAGGAGGCUCGAGGGCACUGGUGGGUUUCAGAGGCGAGGUCGGCAUGAGCGAGCGCGGGAUGCAAGACAUACCCAGGCGCCGCCACAGGGAUGGAUGCCAGGAUCUGAGGUUGCUAUUAAGUGAGCAGACUUUCUAUGAGAACUUCAGCAGCAGCAGCUCCGACUCGGAGUCGUCGGAGUCGGGGUCGUCGACCGAGAGGAAAUCCGAGUCGGACUUCUCUGCAAGCUCGACGGAGAGCCUGCACGCCGGCGCCGCCACCAGCACCGCCUGCACGAGAGAAGAAGAUAAGGAGGAGGCGAUGGACAGCGGAUCCAAGGAGGCGGACGACAAGGAGCAGCUCAGCCCAGUGGCGGUCAUGGACUUCCCGUUCGACGACGACUACGAGGACGACGCCGUGGAAGAGGAGGAAGGGAGGGUCGGCGGCGCUGCCGCGUGCUCGACCUCCUUCAGCGACAGCCUUGCGCAGCUUCACCAGAGGAGAAAUAUACAGAUGCACUACAAGAUCAGACGACGGUUCGGGAGCGUCGGGGAGGUCGGAGCCGUCGACCUCGACGAAACCUUCGCCGUCGCCUCGGACUCCGACGGCCUCGGCAGCGUCCCGGUACAGCAGCCGGAGUAUUUCUGCGCAGCAACGGCGCUGCCAUGUCCCGAGGGUCGCCGGAGCGUCGGCGUAUGCCAAGACCCUGACGAGCACAACCUCCUGGUUGGCACCGUGUCGGCGGUCUGCGCCUCCGAGCGGCUCCUACUCGACUUCUUCGCCGAGACGCGAAAGAACGGCACGUUGAAAAACUUCGAAGCCGCGGCGAGGCUGGCCGAGGACUGGAUCGAAGGCACUGGGGCUCGGUGGGGUCUCAAGGAGGUGUUGUGCGGCCGGGAGCGCCUUGUUGCGGAGAUGGACCGGAGCCGACGGUGGUCAGCACGGCUCGGAGAGGUGGAAGAGGAGCGUCAGAUCGGCGUGGUGGUGGCUGGCUUGCUCAUCGACGAGCUGGUGGCCGGCCUGGUCACGGAUAUGCUUCUGUAG